AACACCUAAUGAUAUGAUCAACUGGUUGAAUUAUACUCUGAUUCCGUAUUUGUUCCUCGAACGUGAUGAACAUGGCGCAGUAGCGAACUGGACAGAGAGACAAUUCACGAAGGAUUACAUUCAUUAUAGACUGGGACCACCAAGACUGCGACAACUGCGAACGAAAAACGGUACGUGCAACAUUCCGUAUAUUGGUUACAUGACUUGUUAUGGCGAAUAUAUCAUAUGGAAUGAGGAGGACGAGGAUUAUUGCAUUGGAUGGAAAAGGAAACCAUGUAAGAAAACAGAGCUUGCUUACAACCUAUCAUCGGAUGCGUGGACGUUCACUUCAGCUUUAGACAACUGGGGUUUACCCUGGCCGGGCUACUACACUACAUAUGGUGGCGGAGGUUACAUAGCUUCACUUCAUGUGAAUUUAAAUUAUUCAAUCGAUAUUAUGAGCGAAUUGUACCGUAAUUUAUGGAUGGAUCGACAGACGAGAGCUGUUAUUGUCGACUUUACGCUAUAUGCUGCGGCAACAAAUAUUUUCGUCUACAAUAUAUAUGUUAUUGAGUUUCCACAAACCGGCGGGGCAUUCACGUCCUUUUCAACAUAUCCAGUACGCGCUUACCCUCAUCAAGGUACGUCUGGAGCAUGGAUCGUGGUGUGCGAAGUUUUGUUUGUGAUUUAUCUGGUUGGUUUGUUCGGCAAAAUAUGUCUCCGAAUAUACCGUCAACGUUGGGACUACUUCGUACAAUUUUGGAGAGUAUAUGACCUUGGGAUCCUUCUUGUUGCAGCUAUAGUACUGUUCACCAUUCGUCUUGAAUUUUCAUUUGAAACUAUCCAAAAAUUCAAGCAAGAUAAGAAGCUGUUUGUGAACUUUAUUCACAUCGUGUUUUGGGACCAGCUCCUUGUAUUUUUCCUAAGUGUGUUAGCGUUUUUGGCAACCUUAAGAAUGAUGGAGGUAUUUUCAACACUAAAUAAGGUUAGAGCAAUUGUGGAAAUCUUUAGUCAAUGUGGAAAAGAUCUGUUUUGGUAUGGUUUGACAUUUGCACAAAUUUUCAUUGGAUUUUGUGGCUUCUCUCUUCUACUGUUUGGAUCGAAGCUUGCGUCAUACAGAAAUAUGUACCAGUGCAUGGGGACUUUGUUUAUUGCAAUGAUUGGAAAGAGUAAAUUUACAGAAAUUAACGAAACACAGCCACUCUUGGCGAAAUUUUUCUUCAUGUUAUAUGUUUUAGUGGUUGUUUACUUCAUCUUGACAAUAUUUCUUUCGAUUCUUGGAGCGAGUAUCGACCAGGUGGUUCAAGGCAACCGUAAAAGUUCAGAGUACGACCUUAUUACAUUUCUGAUGCAGAAUUUCAAGGCCCUCUUAUUUACACCUAGACGUACAAGACAAGUAAAGGAUGUUCAGAACUAACCAUAGCGGACUCGCAUUUUGCAAAGGCGUAAAUAUAUUCAGCUAAGACCAUAUCGUGGAAAUAUAUAUUAAAUACAGCCUGGACUUACAGAAAAAGAGAUAGAUGUUAGAAUAAAUCGCAAAGAUUCCCAAGAAACGUCAAGCAAAGACAAAAGCAUAUUAACUGUAUUAAAUCAAUGUUAGAAUAUCCAGCAACUGAUAAUUACCAUUUUGUAGUUCCAUGAUGACUUUGAUAUUCAUUGCAAUUUUGUCUACAAUUUAAAUUGUGAACAUGCCAAUUCUAUUGUUUUUAACGUUCGUAACUUGAAAUGAUCUGUUUCAGUUUGCGACAUUGAAAUUGCACUCUACCGUGUGUGAGAGAGAUUUUGUCAAGUGUUAUUUUCGAGCGUAACAUGUGCUUCUACUUUUCAUUUUUAUGACCUUGGCAUUUGUAAACUCCCCAACGUUGACCGAUAAUUGCCCACCGACUGCACUGACAUCAGACCAGAAAGCAAAUGCCACUGUAUAUGUUACAAUGUAUACCCUACCACUAGGUAUACUAUAAGAACCAUGGUUAUGAACGAGAAAAUGCACUUACCCAUUUCAAUCGUACAUUUCUCACCUAACACGAGCAUUUCGAUGAAUGGGUACCAGGUAUAUUGAUCAAGCGGUUGUGAACCAGUCACAUUGUCUCAAUAUGUCUUACUGCAGAGAUACUCCGCAAAAUUUUUUGCUUUUGUCAACCUUGCAAAAAAUCUUGCGUGAACUUCCCUUCCGGUCACAGCAGUGUGCAAGCAAGAACGUGUACGGUGAAAUAUAAACAAAUAAAACCAGAGAGCAAAAUAUUCACAGUUAUACAAUAAAUGUAAUAAUAUAAUAAUAAAUGAUGACUGAAUUUCAUCUUAAAAAUGAUAUUGAAUUUGAAGACACAUUGGUACACAUUUGUAUUGUUUAUUGAAUUCACAGUGCGCAUUUAUACUACAUAUGCACACUUUUGCGUACGAGUGUAGUUUAACGACGACUGACAUACAAUUUCACAUCAACCAAUCAGAAUAAUUUUGUAAUCUAGACCGGAACUUCAUUAGGGAAGUUUUUUCUGUAGCGUUGAUGAAACUAUUAACUACGCGUUGUUUCUCUGAGAUGAGAACUACUGAAGUAAUCUGAUCGGUACACAAUUAUUAUACCAGAUUUAUAUAGCGCCCUUUUCAUGAUAAACACGUUCAAAGGCGCUUUAGAGCAACUGCAGCCACACAGGGCGCGAAAUCAUCCUCUACUAGUACAGACACAGAGCGAUCUGACCAGAGGGACAGAGUGAGACAAAGCCCCCACAGAGAGAUCAGAAAUCAGAUACAGGCUUGUCCGGCUAACUUAGCCUAGCUCGUUGCGAAUAGACAGCCUGGUUCUUUAACGUGCCCAGUGUAUAGCAUUGAUACACGCAAGGAUUGCCUGGGUUCCUGACCAGUACACCUCUAGCUGGGUGGGAAACACUGAAAAGCGUUUCUGAAAAUUCCCGAGUAGCUGCCGGGGAUCGAACCCCGACCUCAGGAUUGGAAGGCCAGUGUGCAAACCACUGAGCUAUCCGUCCACCCUGGAAGACAAGUUACCACAUGUUCAAUAUGCACAGAGCAUAUUUACCAAGCUGCGCGUUUUAGAUGAGAAAUAAAAUGGGUUAAUAUAUCUUCCAUUUCAUGACCAUGUUUCUUAUAGUAUAACUUAGGGUAAGGUAUAACAUGUAUAGUGGAAUUUUCUUCUUGGUCUGGUUCCAGUGGCCGAUUGUCAUCCAUUUUUCACAAUCUGUUUGUUUACACUAGAAUCCAAAUUUCUAGAUCAAUUUUAUUUACACGUAGAUACAAUGAAAUGGUCUUGGAAUGUCUCGGUCAAAUCUAAUACAGUGUUUAUGUUUUUAGUUGAUUUCAGUUAGAGUAUUGGCGAGACCAGACAUGUAAGAUAUGCUUGUGCUCUUGAAUUGGUUUGUUACCUUAUAUAUUUAUGUUAAGUAUGUUGUACUUCAAUUGUGUCUCUGUGUCAGCAACCUUGUCAAAUGGCAUUUGUGCUUAUUGCCUCACAGCCUACAUUUUAUAUUGAGACUUUGGAGUUGCCCACAUUUGAUUUAUUUAAAAUGAUCACUUAUGUGUAUUAUCUACAACGUUGUCUUACCAUUACUUCCCUCUUGUUUGUUUGGUAUUGUCUGGAAUUGUUUUCAAUUAUAUACUGGAUGCCCUACGUAGCCAACCGGUGUCUUCCGAUCACAUACUCUUCACCUGUGAGUUUGAAACAUUACUUGGUUUGUAGAAAGAAGGGUUCGAAACAUGUAGAACUCUUUCAUGUAAGAAAGCUAUCCAACUGGCUUACCAAAGGUCUUUAGUUCUACAAAUGUCCCCGCCCGUGACGAAAUCAGUUCAAGAGGGGCAUCUUGGGUCUUCCUUCAUCAUAAAGACUAUGACUUAAACUAUGUCGGCGUCAAGUUAAAUCUAAACAAAAAUGCAUUGUGUAUUGUGAUCAUGAUUUCCCAUCUGCCUUGUAGUUCUUUUAUUUCCGAUUUUUGUGUUUUGUCAACAAUGUAACCUUGAUAUUUUUCUUUUGUUGUGAUGUGUAUUUUUUUUAAAUUUGACAUGUAUUUUGUAUUGUUCUCCUGGUUUGGGCAGUUUCAUCUAUUACAUUGAACAUUGCUGUGUAUUUAAAAUAUUGACAUCUGUUUUCACUGUAUGUUGUAACCAUGUAGAGUUAAUAUUUGUAUCAGUUUUCAUUGUGACUUUGACAAUAACCCCUUUUGUGCAUUUUCUGCUUUUGCGUAAUUGGUCUUGUAUAUUGUGGUGGUGAUUUAGUUCGUAUAAUCUAUCUCUACUAUAUCAUGAUUUAUAAUGCGAACCUAUAUCCUAGCGAAUCUUACGUAUGGGAAAGUCAACUGUUCUGAAUUUAAUAAUAUCCCUUAAUGCAAACUAUCUCUAUAUGUUCAGUGUGUCCUCGAGAUCCAGUUUACCAUCAGAAAGAGAGGAAAUAUAUCUUCACUGGUCCCAAUCAGUUAAAAAGACUAAAACGUCACUUCUAAUUUAUGAUACAUUAAAACGGAGAUUUGAGUAAAUAUAUGCAAAUGUUGAACCAGUACGAAUGUGUAGUACAAUUUGGGUUCGUAUAUAAAGCAGCAGCGAAACUAAUCUUACUGGAUUAGUGGACUUGUGGCAUGUGUGUGUUCAUUCGUACUGCUAGGCGCCUUGCCGUAAUUGGUCUGUUAUAUUGUGGUGGUGAUUUAGUUCGUAUAAAUUCUCUUUACUAUACAUAUAUCUAUAUUCCGUGAAUCUAUAAUGCAAUUUACCAACUGCGAAAAUGUACUAGAAUAGUUUGCUAGUUAUUGUUCCUGCAAAUACAGCAUGAUUUAUUAUGAAAAUUUAUGUUUUUCAACAUUUGUAUAUUUCUAAACAUUUGUUAUUUGAUUUAUAAAUUUCAU